ACGUAGCCUAAUUCAAGAAUAUGACUACGCCGAAACUCAGAACAUUCCUUUCGAUCUUCCUAACGUUGUUUCUUGUCCAUGGACGAUGCUGCAAUUGCAAGGUAGUUCAGUUCAUUUUCGGCGACUCCCUCUCUGACGUCGGCAACAACAACUAUCUCUCCAAAAGCCUCGCCCGGGCGAGCCUACCGUGGUAUGGCAUAGAUUUCGGCGAUGGAUUGCCUAAUGGGAGAUUCUCAAAUGGCCGUACCGUCGCUGAUAUAAUUGGUGAUAAGAUGGGGCUGCCUAGGCCUCCUGCUUUCCUAGACCCGAAUCUGAAUGAAGAUACCAUACUCGCGAAUGGAGUGAACUAUGCUUCCGGAGGUGGUGGCAUACUUAAUGAGACUGGAUCAUACUUUGUUCAAAGAUUCGGGUUGUACAAGCAAAUAGAGUUGUUUCAAGGGACUCAGGAUUUGAUAAUUGGCAAAGUAGGUGAGACGGAGGCCGGGAAAUUCUUCCAAGAAGCGCGAUAUGUGGUCGCCCUUGGCAGCAACGACUUCAUCAACAACUACUUAAUGCCCGUCUACAAGGAUUCGUGGAGCUACAACGAUGAUACCUUCAUUCAGUAUCUCACUGAGACACUAGAAAACCAACUAAAUUUGCUACACUCCUUGGGAGCGCAAAACAUGAUGGUGUUCGGGUUGGGGCCGAUGGGGUGCAUCCCGCUUCAGAGAGUGCUGAGCACGACGGGGGGAUGCCAGGACAGGACAAACAAACUAGCCCUAGGCUUCAAUGAGGCAACUAGCAAGCUAGUGACCAAAUUGUCAACCACUUUGCCUAAUGCAACCAUUAGGUUUGGGGAUGCAUACGACGUUGUCAACGAUCUCAUCUCCAAUCCCGGAAAAUACGGAUUCAGCAACUCGGACUCCCCGUGCUGCUCGUUCGGGAAGAUCCGGCCAGCGCUGACGUGCGUUCCAGCGUCGACGCUGUGCAAGGAUAGGAGCAAGUACGUGUUUUGGGAUGAAUACCAUCCAUCAGAUAGUGCUAAUGAGCUCAUUGCUAUAGAGAUGAUUAAGAAACUAGGAUUUAAGCCUAUAAAUGGCACCAAUUCGCCUUCCCCUGCGUCUCCAUCUGCCCAUGGAGAUUAGAUUUUUGUUACUUCUCUGUCAAAUUUUAGGCUGUGUGUGAUGUACAUUUUUCUUCCUAUGAAAUGAAACUAUGUUUUGAACA